UGCCACGUCUGCUGCAUGGACUUCAGGGACAUGAACCGCACCGCCCUCGACGAAGCCGCCCUCAAAGCCCUCGCAACUCAACACCCAGAGGGCGCAUUGCUCGGUGACGGCUACCUGCCUGUCGGCACAGAGGUCCGCAUGAUUGAUCGCAGCGAUCGCAACCCGCUGGACCAUCUCGUAGGUGUCGUUCGGGGAAGGAAGAUGAAGAAGGAGUAUCGUGAGAUGCUUGAGCACUAUUUGGUGAAGCACCAGGGGGGGAACGAGCUGGUCCCGGUGGAGGAUGUGCAUUAUGAGUGGCAGAUUAAAAAAGAUGGGGCAUAUGUUGAUAUAAGGAGUAUUGCAUCCCAGAUGGGUUUGGAGUAG